CCAGUCCACCUCAGUUGCUGUGUUCAGUGCUGGAACGUUCACAACACUGAUUUGGAGGGUUUCAUAACUUGAAAUUAGAUAACCAUACAGAUUUUUGCCAUGCAAAGUAUUCUUGGCUGGCUCAAGUUGUAUACUGUAUUACUAUAGUCAGAGAUAUAUUUUAAUAUUUUUUGUUACAUUCAUUUCAUCUUACAUUUAAGGCUAAGUGAAAUGACAAGGCAGACAUGAGAUCAUUUUUGAAAAAAAUUAUUAAAAUUCUAUAGCUACUGAAGAAGCAAAAAUGUCCACAAUAUGACAGCACGAGCAUCGCAUUAAAAAUAAAAAUACCAUCAGUCUGCAAGUUUGAGAAGUAGCUUAAGCUCAAAUAUAUUUGCAGUGAAGUUAUGCAAUAAAACCUUAAUGAAUCUGGACCCUUCCAGUUGUCAGUCAGGCAUUACUCAGGUAAAUAUUUGUCUUUGUAAAAAACGGAAAUGUAAAAAUGUGGAUUUUGGUGAUUUUCCCAAAGCAUAUGGGAAUGCUAUACAUUAGCUGUGCUAUUGUUUAUCUCUGCUUUCCAAAUGUAAACUGGCUAACCCUGCACUGCAAACAAACUAUUUAACAGUUACUUACUUGGACUUUACAAGAAAGUGUUUUCUUCAGAAAUUAAUUCAAACAUGAUAAAUACAAAGGCAAAAGCUGAUCUCUGAGGGAAAUCACAGCAGAAAAAUUACCUCAAAAGCAAUACUUUUGCUUUUUUGUAUUUUUUCAAGCUAUAGUGUGCUUUAUUAUGAUCAUUUGAUUCCUAUUUUGUUCUUAUUGUUAUCACCUACAUGAUAAUGAGAGCACCAGUAAUUAAAGUGGUAGAUGCUGAGUUACAGGCAGAUGCACAAGUGAGUUAUGUUAAAUUGAGCAUGUGAAUUUUAAUUGAAAAUGGUUUUGAUGACACUGUCAUAUGAGAUCUCUGCUACAAACCACUUAGUAACCACUGUUGAGGGUGUGGACUGAGGGCUCAUCAUAAAAGUAAGUGCAUCUUUUUCUGUAUUAAAUUAGAUGAAAGAGUGGUAAUAUUUUUAACCUUGUCUGUUUUUAAUGGAUAUUUAGGAAAUGGGCAAUGUAAUGUCGUGUAUUUCCUUAAGAGUUAUAACCUCUUCCAUCCUGUAGGCCUUUUAUCGGGAUGCCAGCAACAAUCUCAAGCAUGGCAUAUGUACGUAGGCAGCCUCCUAGUACUAUGACAAUAAUGGAAAACAAGCUCAGCGUGUUUACUCUCUAAUUUGCUGUUUUGAUUAGGGCAGAAGUAAAAAUGUACCCUUUUUGCUGCCGUUGGUUUUACAUCUUACGCAAGUCAAGCAAUGAGAAUGACAAGACUUGAUGUAUUUCAAAAUUUUCCCAUGUGCCCGAGUGUUAUCCACAGACCCCAUGGCUGUUUAUUGUGGCCUUCAGUCUUGCAGCUCUUACUGAGAACACUAAAGUUGGUUUUUCAGGUGGAAAUUUUAAAAAUAUAGCCUGGGGCUCUAGGGGUAAAUGUUUUAAACUGUUUAGAAUUCUUUGUGCUCCACUGCUGUUAUCUGGACACACAUUGCUAGUUUGCAGGGAUUCAGGUUUUCUCACACUUGCCAUCCAUUCAUUUGUAUUAUUGGUUAUAUUAUGUCUGUUAGCCAGUACAUUGUUUUUCUUUGCUGUAUCAUUUCAUUUUACUUUUGCAAUCCUGAAUAAUGAUAUAAUUUUUCUUCACAUUAUUUGAUAUUGUCUGAAUGAAAUACAAUAAAUACACAUACAGCUACAAAAUGGAUUUUAAAAAGAUUCUAGAAACUUCUGCCCACCUGCUCACCCACUCCCACUCCCAAUGAUCACAUUACCCCCAUCUUUCAGAACUUCCACUGGCUUACCAUCCCCCAGCUAAUUCACUUCAAAAUCCUCCUUAUCCCCGACAAAUCUCUCCAUAACUUGGCUCCCCCUUACCUGAAUGAACCUCUCCACUGACACACUGCCACCUGUACUCUCUGCUCUGCUGAUGUUGGCCGCCUAUCUAUCAACCUUCCGGACCAAAUGCCGGACCUGAGGUGACAAGGCUUUCUCCAAUGCCACUCCCACCCUCUGGAGCUCACUCCCUAAAAGCAUCAGAGAAUGCUGCUUUGUGUUCCUACCUACUUUUUAAAUCAUCUAGUGUCUAGAAAAGCACUAUAUGAGUAGAAAGAUCUAAAGGAAUGGUGCUGGACAUCAUGCUUGGGAAAAGUACAUGGUUAAAGGAGAAGAGGGAGGUAAAGAAUCAGAUGGAUAGACGGUGUGACCAACAUUUGACCUUGUAUUUAAAUUGCAGUGGCUGCUUAUUACUUUAAUGUAGACCUUGUUCUUGCAUCACACACCCUAAAGAAAUAUGUGAUUGUUUAACUUCAGCCAAAAGCACUAAUUUGAUUUUCCUCAACUCUACACAAGUUGUAACUAAACAUCAAACUCUUCUGGGCUUUGUAUUCCCCAUCUGCCAGUGAAUGAGGAGUUUAACAGGACAAUGUUUACUGAGCAUCUAUGGCCUGGUAUGGAGAAGUGGCUUCUGGUGACUGUGCUGGGACUGGAAAUGGUCGUGGGAGUUGUGGGAAACAGUCUUGUUCUGCUUGUCAAAGUCAUGUGUAGAGGCCAAUUCUGCUGUCGUUACUGGUUUCCUUUCAUCAGUCUCACCCUAUCAGAUCUAGGCUGCUCCGUCCUUAUCAUCUCUGGCUCCAUGCUGGCCAUUCUGACAGGAGGUCAGAGGUCACCAUGGUGUGAAGUAGUCAGCCUGCUGAAGUUUGCCUUCAUCACCUCCUCUAUAGGAAGCAUAGCUGUCCUCUGUGUGCAGCGGCUGAUUGGCAUGGCCUUCAGAGGAAGUGCUCUCUUCGUUGUCAUGGUGACAGCGUGCUUGGUUUCUUGGGUGACAGGAGCUGUGUUCGGGAGCAUCCCUGUUGUUUACGCCUGGAUCAGGUAUGACCCUGCAGAGAUGCUGUGUGCUGUCUUCUGGGAGGGCAGCUACUCAGAUAUGUCGGUCUACAUUCUUUGUGCUUUCUCCAUCUGCAUCUUUCUCCCCUUCCUUCUCGUUUUUGGCUGCUUGGUACUCAGCGCUACUGGCUGUGGGUCCAGUGGCAACAGUGAUGAGGAGGCGGAUCUUUCUGAAGUGGCUCCUCUUUUGGUGGCCUCCUACACAAUCUGCUACACUCCCUUUGUUGUGUCUGAGCUGAUCCUGCUGGGUAGGAUGGACCUGUCUCCAGCACCUGAUUGGUUAAGGACAUUAUCCUCCGUUAUGUCAUACCUGGACUGUGGUUUAAACCCUCUUAUCUACUGCACCCAUCAGAGCUUCAGGGAGGCAGGUCUGGCACUGUUAUGGACUAAAAGGAAACCAAUGUCAGAGCCUGUUCUCACUGCUGUCAUUAAGCAUUAAAUGUAAACAUGUGAGGGUUGAUAUAUAAAAUUCAAAAGGUGAGCCCAAAAAUACGCAGAUUUUUAAAAUAUAACUGCCAAGCAAAUUUGAAGCAUGCUUGUUGUACCCUGUUAUAAAUAAUUAAAGAAAGAAAAUGUGAA